AUGGAUGAUAUCCCAAGUCAUUACAAGAAAUACUACGUUUCCUAUAAAAAAAUAAAAAGGAAAAUAUUAAAAAUGAGAAAGAAGUAUAAAAAGAAGCUCGAAAAAGACCUAGUACAAAAUACAGUCAAAAUGGUUGAUAAGCAAGGCAUGAUGAUGCUGCCCCCCUUUUUAUAUAACGAUAUUAUAAGUAAAGAGAUUAUGAAGAUAAAUAAGUUUGCUGAAUAUAAAUACAAAGAAAUCAUUUACAAUUUAAUGAAUAUAUAUUAUACUUUAAAAGAGAUCCAAGGUGAUAAACAAAGAAAAUAUAUUUAUAAUAAUAUAUGUAGUGAGAAAGAUUAUAUAAAUCUAGAAUGUAUUGAGAAAAAACUAGAUCUUAUAGGAAAUGAUAUUAUUCAUAUCGAUUUCUAUAUACACACCAACUGUAAGAUUAUAAUGAAGCUAGGUUUUUUUUUUGAUAAGAUUAUGAACAUAUCAAUAAAUCAGUGGUUACGUUUAAGUUUAAUAAGAGAAAAAUUUUGUAGUAUUAAUAUAGAUAAUUUGAUAGUAUAUUUAUCUUUUUUAUAUUCUUUAUUAAAAGAUAAUAUUAAUGUUCAAGAUGAUAAAAAGAAAAUAUGGGUACCUCCUGAUACAUUUGAAAGAACAUCUUCUAAAUUUUUAAUUAGAUAUAAAGAUAUUGUCUACACGAAAGUGAAAAUAGUCAAACAUUUGCCAUAUUUAAUUUUUGGAUUAACAAAUGAAGAUAUUGAAAAUAAUUUCAAGGAAUUAAUUGCACAAGAAAUCUUUGCAGAUCUCAAUAAAGAAAAUGAAUAUGGCGAGAAAACAAAUAAAGUGUGUGAAAAAAUUAAUGAAAAGAUAUCUCAUAAACAUAUUGAUGAUAAGAUAAAUGAUAUACAUUAUAAUAUACGUGAUAAUAUUUCUUCUGAUAUAUCACACAAUAUAAGUAAAAAAAAAGAUAAGAUAUUAAAAACUCUAAACGAGUCUCAACAAAUAACAUCCAUCUAUUUUGAUAAUAAAGAUGCUACAUGCUAUUCUAGAAGAAUAUUAAGAUAUGAAAAUGCGCAACUUAUACGUUUUAGGUGGUAUAAUAAUAAUGACGGAGAUCCUAAUAAAGAAAUCUUUAUAGAGAGAAAAACUCAUCAUGAAGAAUGGACGGGUGAAGUUUCAACAAAAGAAAGAUUUUUACUUGAUCAAAAAUAUGUUUUAAAAUUUAUGAAAGGAGAUUUAAAUAUUUGUGAUUUUUUUUUAAAAAAAUUAAAUAAACAAAAAAAAAACUACCAUGACAAAAAAAAGGAAAAUAAAAUGUUUCAACACGGAUGUGAUAAUAUUAAUCACAACAAUAAUAAUUAUGAUAAUAAUAAUAAUAAUAAUAAUAAUAAUAAUAAUAAUAAUAAUAAUUAUAAUAUUUGUGAUGAAGAAAAUAUUUGUAUAUAUAAAAAAAAAAUAAAAAAAAAUAUGAAAUUAGCAAAGGAUAUACAAAGGAUGAUUCUAAAAAAUAAACUAGAACCUAUAAUUAGAACAUCAUAUUUACGUUCAGCAUUUCAAUCACAUAAUAAUAAUUCUAUUCGAAUAUCUAUAGAUACAAAUAUAUCUAUGUUAAAUGAAUAUGUUCAUAAAAGAAAAAACUGGUGUAGAUUAUCUGAAGAAGCUCUAAGAAAAAAUGAAAUUAUAAGACUGAAUUAUAGUAUAGUAGAAAUAAAAUUAAAAACAGAUAAUAUGCCAAUAUGGAUUACUAAUAUAUUAAAUAAUAAUGAAUCUAUUAAUGCUUAUAAAUAUUCUAAAUAUCAAACAGCUAUGGCAUUAUUACAUGCAGAAAAAAUUAAAUAUAUACCUAUAUGGAUUCAUCAAAAUAUACAAUCCACAUUUAAUUCAUCAAAAAAUAAUAAUAUAAAUAAUAAUAAUAUAAAUAAUAAUAAUAAUAUAAAUAAUAAUUCUAUACAAAUAUUAUCUAAUCAAUAUAUAACAAAUAAUAAUAAUCAUGUUCUAUCUUUAAAUCAUAAUAUUCUCAAUAUAUCCAAUUCAUCUACUUAUAAAAUAAAUAUUAUGUCAAAUAAUUAUACUAACCAAUUCAAUAUUUCACAGUGUAAUACCCUACAAAAAUAUAAUCUUCUUCAAAAAACAUCUUUAUGGUUACAUACUAAAUAUGAUAAACCUAAUAAAAAAUACAAAACAAUUAAUCUAAUUAAAAUAGAUCCUAAAAUUAAUUUCGCAGCUGAAAGAACAUUCCUUCAUUAUAUAUUAGUAUCUUUAUAUAUUAAUAUAUUAGCUCUCUUCUUGCAAAAAUAUAAAAAUCAAACAGGACAUUUAAAUCUCCUUAUACUUCUACUAUUAUUUACGUCUUUUACUUCUUUAAUAUCAACGUACUUUUUCUUUUUAAAAAGGGUUGAUAUCAUUCAAAGAAGGAAAACUAGGGAACCAAUCAUGGGACGCUUACGAUUCGAUAGUUUUUUUAGUCCUUUAAUUUUUUUAUUACUUCUUUUUUUUUCUAUAAUUUUAUCAAUAUAUUACAAUUUUAAUAUAUGA